AAUUUGCCCAAUGAUUACAGAUAACUAAAAGGGAAAGAGGUCAUUUAUUGUAACACUUUUGUAGUAAAGCAAAAAAAGUUAAUCUCAGAAUACUUAUAAUUGGUUUAAGUAAUAUUUAAUUUGAUAAAAUUAGAUCCCUUUUAGUAUAUAAAGAGAAGUAGUUUUUUUUCUAAAACAUGCAUUCACUAUAAAAGAAGAAUUAUAAAGGUAUAAAUGAUCAGGGUAUAUUGAAACAUUGACGCAUUUAACACACAUUGAACACAUUGAACAGGAGAAGAAUGUUUAACGCAUACUUUAAUUAAAUAUAAUAAAUUCAAUUUUAUAAUAAAAAUAUAAAUAUAUAUUAUGCAUAAACAUUUAAUACAAUAUUUAUCAAUGUUUACCUUUCUACAAAUGUUUAUUAUAAUUGCAUUUAGUUUAUUAUUAUUUCUACCAAAUGAUACACUUUCUCAACAUUCAUCAAUAUUGACAAAGAAUAAAACAGCAUUACGCCUAGAUGAGGUGAAGAAACAACAAAUUGGCGCAUUACAUGAAGUAAUAAUGUUGAAUGAUCAAAAUGCCAGUAGUGGUCAUUGGUUUAAUAAAGGCAUAGAAUAUAAAAAAUGUGUUAAAUCAUUAUUACAUGAAAAACAAUUAAAAGAUUGUGAAAAAUAUUCUGGUCGAAUGUCAACAAUGGAUAAAAUUGAUUUAAUUAAACCUGAUUACGAGGCAUUAGUGAAAAAAGUUGUCUGUGUAAUUCAAAAAAUUAAUUGUCCUGUGAAUGACAGAUCGUUUCAGAUUCAUGAUAUCCCCUGUCAGUCGUCCUGUCUAUCUCUGCUGUCUGUUUGCGGACAACUACGUAAUUAUCCUCCUCCAAAUUUUAAAAAUAUUCCAUCUGGUUGUCCAAUGAGACCGGGAAGUGUAGGUCCAAGAUCACAGAAACGAUGGUUACAGGAAGGGGAUAAAUAUUCCAGGACGCCAACGUCAUCCUAUCCUUCUGAAACAUACAACACAUUUAGUAAUAUACCAAAUCCAAAAAGAUACGUUAGAUAUCCUGGUUAUACAACGUACUUGUCUUCUAGAUCCCCGUCAGUAGAUAGUCAAUAUAAAUAUCAGCAACAAUAUUAUCCUCAAUCAGAAAUGAUCCCAAAUACUUACCCAUGGAUUUAUCGUCGUCAUCGUAGACAAAUGACCAGUAGUUCUGAUGCAACCAGUAAUUCAGGUGAAUAUCAAGUUGGUAAUUCAGUGACACCUGUCGGCUACACAAAUGAUUAUAUUUCAAUGAAAACACAGUUGCAUUUUUCUCCAAGUUAUCAUAAUCAAAGGAGUUUACCACUGACUGAAGAGGAUUGUUUAUUUCUGCCACCGGGGGGCUGUGAUAAAUGGAUUGACCAGUCAACUAAUAUACAACGAUUGGAAGCACCCACUUUUAGAGAAUAUUUAAAAAUGAAUCCUGGAUGUCCAAGCGAUAUAACUGAGAAGUGCAAUUCAAUGUUUCCAACAACAUUUACACGAAAUCAAUGGAUAAAAGCUAAUUUUACUGUUGCUGCUAUUAUUCGAAUAUCUGGUACAUUAUGGUGGUUUGGUAAAAAUGAUCACUACCAGCCAUUGUUUCGUUUUCAUGUUUUAAAAACAUUCGAUUCAGACAUACAUCCAUAUGAUGAAAAUAUGAUAUUAACUUAUUCAUGGCCAUUAAAAUGUAUGUGUAUGGAUGAAAUUAUUGUGGGUAAAAAGUACUUGAUGCUAACGCAUUCAUUUCAAUCAAGACAAACAUUACAUAUUACUACUAAUACUGUAUUUCUAUCACGUGUUAGACGUUAUACAAAAAGAUUAGCGUGUUGGAAAGGUGCUUGUACUCAUCGAUCAAAUCAAAAACGUCGACCACGUGCAGUGCAAUCAUUAUACAAUCAAAUCGUCAAAAAAUCAAUAAACAAUAAUACCUAUUCUCAUUAAAAAUAAGACUAGGAAGUAUUCCCUAUCCAUGGCAUGAUUAUUCCUCACCUUUACUCCUCAUUUUUUUGUAUUUUGUUUUCCUUUGAUUAGGUCAUCAUUAUCACAUCAUUAAAAAAAAUAAGAACCUGUUCAUUUAUUUCACAAUAUGAAUGAAUAUUUAUUUAAUUUGUGGCUAUUGUUAAUUAGAGUGAAACUGUAAGAUUUACUAAAUACAAAUUUGUCUGUGGU